AUGAUCAGCACAGACUCUUCACUCUCUCCCACACUCUCUAUCUCCUCCUCUAUGAUCAGCACAGACUCUUCACUCUCUCCUACACUCUCUAUGAUCAGCACAGACUCUUCACUCUCUCCUACACUCUCUAUGAUCAGCACAGACUCUUCACUCUCUCCACACUCUCUGAUCAGCACAGACUCUUCACUCUCCUACACUCUCUACUCUUCACUCUCUCCUACACUCUCUAUGAUCAGCACAGACUCUUCACUCUCUCCCCACUCUAUGAUCAGCACAGACUCUUCACUCUCUCCCACACUCUCUAUGAUCAGCACAGACUCUUCACUCUCUCCUACACUCUCUAUGAUCAGCACAGACUCUUCACUCUCUCCUACACUCUCUAUGAUCAGCACAGACUCUUCACUCUCCUACACUCUCUAUGAUCAGCACAGACUCUUUCACUCUCUCCCACUCUCUAUGAUCAGCACAGACUCUUCACUCUCUCCCUCUCUCUCCUCAUUCACACAGACUCUUCAUCCCAGCACAGACUCUUCACUCUCUCCCCUACACUCUCUAUGA